CCGUCUUACACUGAGCAAUUUCUUGCACAAGAUAUAUUGCACAAUUUAAAUUGCAUAGUAUCAUACAGGAAAUUGCAUGCAAAAUUACAUUGCAACAAAUUAUUGCAUCAAAAAUAGAACCGGUGCUAUUUUUUAUGCCAGUUUCAAUGCAAUUUUAAAAUGCGCGUGCGCCGCUCGUUGAACAUGUGUUUUCAGAUCAGCUGUUUAGUGUUUUUCGAGGUGUUUUGUUUGACAAAAUCUGUCUUGUCUUGUUAAUUCCUUCAUUUAGUUAUUUGUGUUGCCAGUUUUGCGUUAAAAUGUCGUGGACACAUGAACAGAUUUCUUGUCUUAUUGACUUAUACAAAAUGCAUCCGUGUUUGUAUGUGGUAAAGGACAAAAACUACCACAACAAGCAUGUCCGAAAUGCUGCUCUGCUAACCAUACUUAAUAACAUUAAACCGAUAAGACCAGUUACCUCAGAAGCUGAUGUCCAAAAAAAAUUUCAUGGAUUAAGGACAACGUACGCAAAUGAGAGAAGGAAACAUUUAGCGAGUAUACACAGUGGAAUGGCCGAAAAUGAGGUUUACCAUCCGUCGCUGUGGUAUUAUGAAAAAAUGGAUUUCCUGGACGACCACCUUGUAGUCAGGAAAUCUAAUUCAAACUUUUUAUUGCCCGAGGAGGGCAAUGAAACAUCACAAACACAGGAGGAAGAUUUACUGGAUUCAUCAAUUAAUGAAACUAUUGUGGAACAGUAUGAAGUAGAUGACCAAGGAGUAUUGGUACCUUUAUCACCAGAAAUUUCCUCAGAUUUAAUACCAGAUCAUCAGAGGUCAGGAUGCAGUGGGUUAAAAAGAAAAGGCAUUUCAGUUGACACCAGACCUAGCACCAGACCAUCAUCAGCGGGAAGUGGCUCAUCUUGUCAUCAGAAUGAUUUGGAACUUGGACUUGGUGGAUUAAAAAAAAGAAGUCUUUCAGUUGAUAACAGGUCUUCAUCUGCAACAGGUGCAAAAGGAAAAAGUAAAAAGGCAGAAGACCCAGACCUAAAAGUGUUAGAAGCUGUGUCUUCAAGCCUUGAGGGAAUUACUGAUGCGCUUAAGCCAGGUCUCAAAAGCAGUGAAGAUAUAUUUGGGGAGUUUGUAGCUUCACAACUAAAAAAAAUAAGAAAUGAAAACAAAAGAUUGACAGUGCAAUAUAAUAUUCAUACUGUUUUGCACGAGGCAUUAUUGAGUUAAUAUUUUACAAGAUAUUUUAUGUUA